UGCUGCCCAAUGGGUAACAAGGUUCUCGCCUACCUAACUCAAGAUUUUUGGCUCCUUCCCUUAUUCCUCACAUUGUAUUGUACUAAUCUUUAUACUCUGUCUUUGGAGAAUUGGAUUGCUGCGGAUGUAUUUUUAGCUUUGGACAUGAGAGGGAAUUGCGGAAGUUUUGACGAAAAAACAUAAUUUCAAGUAUUUGUUUGCAUCGAGUAGUUAUUCCUUUGAAGGUCAAGAGCGAGAUGUCGAACUGAUCUGGACUUGCUACCCGUAUGCAUGGUGUUUUUAUCUUGAAAGGAGAUUCGGAGAAUAAGAAAAGAGAGGGGGUGUCAAAUAGAGAGCUUGUGAUUGGAGUUCGGAAGUCUGGUCAAGUAGUUGUCUCUGGCCUCACAAUUCUCGACUUUCUUCACUUCCUAUUCAAUGCGCUCCUCUUUAUCGCCGUCUAUACCCCUGUCUCAAACAGUAUUACCACAACAUCUCCUAAUCUCCUAAUCAGAUAUUCAACAUCCUUGCCCCAUCAAUCUCCGAUCCGCAUUCCGAGACAUAAAAUCCGAUUCCCGAGCUGCGUACCCAAGUACUGUACCGGCAUGCACGCAUCCCUCCUUCUCCACAACCUCGCCUCGACUCGCUUCAACUCACCUCUCGUCUCCAAUCCAACAAACCCAAGAACCAAGAAAAAAGGGCCCAUCUCAUCUCACGUCCCACUCAAAAACCUUCACCUCGCCGACCAAGCCCCAGAUAAAAAAACCCCCCAAAAAGCUUAUCACACUGCGCCGUCACCCAUCAUUAUCAAUCUCUUACAGCGCGGCGCAUGCGCACGACAGACACAUCGCCGACCUCGUGGAUCGCGCUAUUCGCCGCUGAACAAAAGCCACGCUCGCACGUCAUUUUUCGCGGCGAGGAUGCGGGCCGCCGACUAAGGUUACGCUGGCUGGUUGAGGCGGGAGUGACACAAGAACGGCGACCACGCGGUGCGGGUGGAGGAACAUAAAUUUUUUUGGGGCUUCUUCUUGUUGUGUCUCGGAUGGGAUGCCGAGGACGUGAUGGACGAUAUAUUUUUUGGCGUUUCGGGGUUUUAUAAUGAAUGGGAUUG